UCACAGCAGCAUAGCGGCAGCAGCAACAACAGCAACAAUGGCCGCCUUCCGUAGAGUGGCAUCACUGGCCGGUCAGAUUCAUCGUUGCUCGGUGUCGAGAAGCGAAUUCGCCGCUCGUUUAAACAGCUCCAGGGCACGGAGGUGUCUCUCUUUCGGGCUAUGCCUGGCGACGGGAGGGGCCGUGGCACUUUACUUAUACGAGGAUGUGACGAAGCGCAGAAGCGGGAAGAGAAUGGGGACUCCCAGCAUCCUCAGCGUGCUGCCGUCCAUCCCCGCCGUCGAAGCCAAGGAGAAGGCACAUUCUAUGGACUUUGAGGAUGGAGAUGUGCACAUGUCGUCCCAUGAACACCGCUUCCGGUUGUUCAGCUCUGUGGAAUAUGAAGGGCAGCUGUACAUGACUCCUCAGAAUUUCAUUGAGUCUGUCACGAUGAGUGAGCCAAGAAGCAAGAAGCCCUGGAGGUCCCUGACCAAACAGGAGCUGGAGAAAAUCCUAGCAGACACUCCCCCUGUAUGGAAAGGAUCGUCCAAAUUGUUCCGCAACUUGAGAGAACGAGGCAUCAUCUCAUACACAGAGUACCUGUUCCUGCUCUGCAUCUUAACCAAGCCGCAUGCUGGCUUUAAGAUUGCUUUCAAUAUGUUUGAUGCAGACGGCAACCAGAUGGUGGACAAGAGAGAGUUCAUGGUGCUUCAGGAGAUCUUCCGGAAGAAAAAUGAGAAGAAAGGGAGGAAAGGGAAUGCUGAGAAGUCUGCACAGUUGAGUAUGCAGCUGUAUGGAUAUCAGGUUGCCCCCAUGAACAGCGUGCUUAAAAAAGACAGUCAAGAGUUUGUGGCGCGGAGUUACUGGGACGUUCUGAGGCGAGGCGCCAGCCAAAUCCUCUUUUCUGACCUGGCAGAGCGCGCAGAUGAGAAUAUAACCAUUGACACCACCCUACUGGUCCAUUUCUUUGGGAAGAAAGGGAAGGCUGAGCUCACGUUUGAUGACUUUUACAGGUUCAUGGAUAAUCUCCAAACUGAAGUGCUGGAGAUUGAAUUUCUGACCUACUCCAAAGGGAUGACCACCAUCAGUGAAGAAGACUUUGCCAAGAUCCUCUUGCGCUUCACCAAUGUGGAGAAUAUUGGCGCUUACCUGGAAAAUGUCAAGCAGAGCAUACCUGAUGAAAAGGGAAUCACAUUCGAUGAAUUCCGAUCCUUCUUCCAGUUUCUCAACAACCUGGAGGACUUUGCUAUUGCCAUGCAGAUGUACAAUUUUGCUGCUCGCUCCAUCGGACAAGAUGAGUUUGCAAGGGCAGUGUAUGUGGCCACAGGUCUAAAGCUGACACGUCACUUGGUCAACACUAUCUUCAAGAUCUUUGACGUGGAUCACGAUGACCAGCUGUCUUACAAGGAGUUCAUUGGCAUCAUGAAGGAUCGGCUGCACAGAGGAGCCAGGAUGAAGGGGCAUCACCCACAUCCACGAUACCGCUGAGGCCAAGAGAAAGAAAGCUGAUGCAUGUUAAGAGGAACAAUACAGGCGGACAAAUGGAGGACGACCAUUAAUAAACCAAGUCUGAAGCUUUACAACAGGACCAUUUGAAAAGCUGAAUACAAACUGGAAAAAAAAAUAAUCAAUAUACAGUAUAAGUUAUUGUCUAUUGAUGUUGUUUAUAUAUAUACUGAACUAAUAUAUUUGCAUUAUUAUCCUGCACACUGUUUAUUUCCUCAUUCUAUGUCAUGCUCAUCUAGAUUUAUUUAUACAUUAUCUUGUUUGCUUUUAACCUAUUUUAUGCACACCAUAUGUUUAAUGUUAUACCAAGUGUUAACAUUCAAUGAUUGUGCACAAUACAUAUUUAUUUAAAAUACUAAACAGAAAGGUACUUCCUGAAGUGUAAAAUAAUAUUUUCCAAGGUAAUAAAUUAAUCAAAAUAUAUUUCCUACGUAAGAACUUUUAUUUUAUUAUUUUUCUCUGUUAUACUUGACCUACUUUUAAUUGAAGAAUAAAUAUACACCUACAAUGUACAAACACAUUGAGGCACUUUCAAUACAAGACGAUUCAAUAUUUUUGUUUCAAUAUUUUACAACAGGUCGAGACAUUUACAAUUAAUAAAUCAAAUCCUCAUACAAAACAACGGUAAAAGUAAAUAUAAGAGACUAUACAAUUGAGGAUAAAAUACAAUUUAUUAAAAAAAAUAAAAAUAAAUAGAAACUUAUAUUUUUAUUAUUUAAUGAGAACUUUUAUUUUGGUGGCAGGGACAGGCUUUUGCAUUGCGCAUGCCCAGUGAACACUCUUACGUAACCUCUUCUUUGGACAGCCAUUUUGUAGGUUAAUUAACCCAACGGGCAGGUACAUUUUCUUUCAGGAUUUCGCAUGUUGGUCAUAACUUUGAUACACACUGCGAUCGGCAGAAGGACGAAGGACUUCACCCGAUGCGUUUGGCGGCCCGGAGACGUAGGAAGUCAAGGUGAAGUCGGCGGCUAGCGCGGCUAGCGCGGCUAGCACGGCUAGCGCUCCAACAAAGUCCUCCUGG